CCUCCGCCUCCGCCCUGGAACGCAGCGCGCUCCGCCCGAGGCCUCCCGGCGGCCCACACAGCAAUCGCGGAGCUUAGCUGCCGCCACCUCGCGCCGGGUCCGCGCGGCCCACGGAACCCCCCUGAAGCUCCCGGCCCACGAUCCACAUGGACGCGCGGGGCCCUGAAGCCCCCGGCGGGCGCGCGCUGCGGGAUGCGGCAGAAAAUCUAUUUCAGGAACUUCAGGAACAUUUUCAAGCUCUGACUGCAACAUUAAACCUCAGAAUGGAAGAAAUGGGAAAUCGCAUUGAGGACUUACAGAAGAAUGUCAGUGACUUAAUGGUGCAAGCUGGCAUUGAAAAUUCUAUUAAACAACAAAUGCUGAAGACCUAACUGCAGCAUGACUGUGUUUGGAGAUGGGGCCUCUACAGAAGUCAUUAAGGUUACAGGGGUCCUGAGGGUGGGGCCCUCAUCCAACAGGAUUCGUCUUUCUGAGAAGACACGCCAGGGGCUCACCUGCUCUCCCCCUGUGCCUGCACCAGAGAAGGCGGCCAUCGGCAAGCCAAGGAGAGCCCUCCCCAGAAAUCACACGGACCGGCACCCUGAUCUGGGACUUCCAGAAAACAGAACUGUGAAAAGACGAGUUUCUGUUGUUUAAACCAACCAAUCUGAAGUCUUGUUACGGCAGUCCUGGGCAGACUAAUACAAUAUGCAACACAUUUACAAUAAAUACACAAUAAACACACAAUAAACUUACAAAUG